AUGCCGCUCAUUGUGAUCAGCGGCCUGCCCUGCAGCGGCAAGAGCACCGCCGCGGCUGCUCUGGCCGAGGUCUGCAGGCAGCGGGGCCAGGAGGUGCAGGUGGUGGACGAAGACUCGGUGCACCUGCAGCGUAACAUCAGCUACGCAGCAGAUGCGGCGAGCGAGAAGGUGGCGCGCGGCACGCUUCUGUCGGCCAUGGACCGCUGCCUCACCCGCAGCCGCAUCGUGAUCUUUGACACCCACAACAACAUCAAGGGCUACCGCUACCAGCUGUGGUGCAUCGCGCGUCAGGCUGCCACACGGUACUGCCUAGUCCACGUGGACACGCCGCCAGACACGUGCCGGCAGUGGAACCAGCAGCGCGACGCGGCCGGCGCCUACAGCGAGGCGAUCUUUGAAGACCUGGCCUGCAGGUUUGAGCGUCCAGACUCCCGAAACCGAUGGGACUCGCCCCUCUUCACGCUG